CAAGUGUAAAAAAUGGAUGUUAUGCUCCAAAGGCAUUGCGCUAAAUUUAUUUACGUCGUUCCCGAAGGACUCAGGGAACUGAUGACGGACAUAUCUCGAGAAGUAUUUUUUGUUCAGUAUAAUCCUUUACUUUUUUCAACGAUCGUUAUCUUUCCAAAGGUAAUUAGAACGCAUCCCGAAAACAUUUACAUAUUUGUGGCCGAUUAUCUAGAUGCUUUAAUGAUAACAAGAGAAAAUGCCAGAGUUGCAGCAAAGGUGGUACAAAGUCUUACGGAGAUCGCACUGACCAUCGUAAACUUGCUGGUCAACAUCGGGAUGACCAGGGAAGAAGCUGACAGAACGGCCUCGAUCAUUCAGAAAAUUUUUCGUCAAUAUUUGGAAGAGAAAAAAACUUACCAGAAAGAAAUAAGCGAUCAAAUCGAAGAAGCGAAUCUUCUUACUGACAUAAUAACUGAAGCAGGAAUAACUCCGGAUCAGGCGGAGGCGGCUGCCGAAAUUAUUCAGAGGGCUUGGAGGGACUUCAAGAGGAAGCACGAGAGGGAAAAAUACCUUCUGUCGGGAAUAAUCGACUGGAGGAUAGCCGCAAGGAGUGCAAUACGUUUGUACAGAUCAACCGGUGUUACUUACGAAGAAGCCAAUAGGGCAGCCACCAUGAUAAAAGCGGCGUACAAAGGAUACUACACGAGAAGGAUGAUCAAGAAACUGUUGGAAGAAAGCCAAAGGCUGAGCGAGACCCCGUCUCUAGCGAGCAUGAAGUCGGUUGAAUCAGAGGAGGAAGAAGAAGGAGAGUUCUAUUGGGACAUGGAAUUAUUCUCCAAAUCUGAAAGAACUACCGAAAGAAGCGAACGUCACGAAUAUUUGGAAGGACAAGGUGAAAUGGAGGAAGAAUUACCCUACGAAGUGCCCAGCGGCAUCCUAGCAGCGAGAGAAAUAAUUUCAGACAUUAUAAGAGCCACCGUUCCAACCCCUGAAGAAUCGUUAGAAGCAGCGGAAGAGUCGUACAUGGAUCAAGAGCAACCGUCAGCACCUGAAGUAACAAUCGACGAAACAACUGAAGCAGAAUUGCCACAGGAAGCUCCAGCAGAGGCUCCGGCACCUCCUGCCGAAGAAACUGAAGCACCAGCUCCGGCAGAGGAGCCCCAACCUGCACAAGAAGAACCCCAAGCACAACCAGCCGAAGAACCACCAUCAGAAAGCGAAGAAGCUUAAGUCUCUUAUACACUGUACUUCACCAAUUUUUAUAAUUCUUGCUAUUAUUGUUAUUGUUAUAAUGUACCGUAUAGAAACAACAAAUAAUACGA